AUGCUGCAGUACCACCCCGGGCCUGUGGGGGUGGACCCUGACAUGCUGCAGUACCACCCCGGGCCUGUGGGGGUGGACCCUGACCUGCUGCAGUACCACCCCGGGCCUGUGGGGGUGGACCCUGACAUGCUGCAGUACCACCCCGGGCCUGUGGGGGUGGACCCUGACAUGCUGCAGUACCACCCCGGGCCUGUGGGGGUGGACCCUGACAUGCUGCAGUACCACCCCAGGCCUGUGGGGGUGGACCCUGACAUGCUGCAGUACCACCCCGGGCCUGUGGGGGUGGACCCUGACAUGCUGCAGUACCACCCCGGGCCUGUGGGGGUGGACCCUGACAUGCUGCAGUACCACCCCAGGCCUGUGGGGGUGGACCCUGACAUGCUGCAGUACCACCCCGGGCCUGUGGGGGUGGACCCUGACAUGCUGCAGUACCACCCCGGGCCUGUGGGGGUGGACCCUGACAUGCUGCAGUACCACCCCGGGCCUGUGGGGGUGGACCCAGAAGAAGAAUAA